GUACCGAGUCGCAUCGGUAAUCUCCUGCUUUUGUCUGACAGCAGCUAUCGCUCUCUGCCGGGGCGCCGUGUAGCCGUAAAAAAACAUAAAUAAGCCCCGGAAAAGGCUCCCAAAAUAACAUAUUUGCUUUUAAUACACUAUUCGGAUGUAAUAGUUGAAUUUGUGUAGACUAAGAGCAUCUCGAGUCCGCGUACAAGUGCUUUUGUGCCGAUCCGAGGCCUUGUAGCAAAACAAACCACCGCUGUCAAAGUCUUACUCAGCCAGUGAGUGUGAUUUAUGAACAGCUUUUUGAUCCAAUUCUGGCUUUUCUCCGCCGGAAAAUGGACACGGAUAAGUUUAAUUACGUUUACAGCUGCGACUUGGACAUCAAUGUUCAUCUUAAAAUAGGCAGUUUGGAAGGCAAGCGAGAGCAGAAGAGCUACAAAGCCCUGCUGGAGGACCCCAUGCUGCGCUUUUCGGGCCUCUACCAGGAGCACUGUUCAGACCUCUACGUCACCUGCCAAGUGUUUGCCGAAGGGAAGCCUCUGGCCCUGCCGGUUCGCACCUCCUACAAGGCCUUCAGCACCCGCUGGAAUUGGAAUGAGUGGCUGCGACUGCCGGUCAAGUACCCAGACCUGCCCCAAAGCGCCCAGGUGGCCCUCACUGUGUGGGACAUCUACGGGCCCGGUCGGGCCGUCCCCGUCGGGGGCACCACGGUCACCCUGUUUGGCAAAUACGGAAUGUUCAGACAAGGGAUGCACGACCUGAAGGUUUGGCCCGGUGUGGAGGGCGACGGCGCAGAGGCCACCGCCACGCCGGGACGCACCAGCAACAGUCUGACCGAGGACCAGAUGGGCAGACUCGCCAAGCUGACCAAGGCCCAUCGGCAGGGCCACAUGGUGAAGGUGGACUGGCUGGACCGCUUGACCUUCAGGGAGAUCGAGAUGAUCAACGAGAGCGAGAAGCGCAGCUCAAAUUUCAUGUACCUAAUGGUGGAGUUUCCCCGAGUGAAAAUGAAUGACAAGGAAUACAGCAUCGUCUACUAUGAAAAGGAUGGAGAUGAUGCGGCGCCCGUGCUCACCAGCUGUGAAAUCGUCAAAGUUCCUGACCCACAGAUGGGCAUGGAGAACCUGGUGGAGAGUAAGCAUCACAAACUGGCCCGUAGCCUCCGCAGCGGGCCGUCCGACCACGACCUGAAGCCCAACGCGGCGACACGGGACCAGCUCAAUAUCAUCGUGAGCUACCCUCCGACCAAGCUGCUGAGCUCGGAAGAGCAGGACCUGGUGUGGAAGUUCCGAUACUACCUCACCACUCAGGAAAAAGCGCUGACGAAGUUCCUCAAGUGCGUCAACUGGGAUCUGCCCCAGGAGGCCAAGCAAGCCCUGGAGCUUCUGGGUAAGUGGAGGCCCAUGGAUGUGGAGGACUCCCUGGAGCUCCUGUCCUCGCAGUUCGCCAACCCCACGGUGCGACGCUACGCUGUGGCGCGGCUGCAGCAGGCGGACGACGAGGACCUGCUCAUGUAUCUUCUCCAGCUGGUCCAGGCGCUCAAGUAUGAGAACUUUGGCGAUAUCCAAGGAGGCCUGGAGCCAGGCAGCAAGAGAGACAGCCAGGGACUUUCAGAUGACUCCACACUGGACAGCUCGCAGAUCCUGGCGGCCGGAUCUGGAGCCCUCGCCGCCGCGCAGAAAGGCAAAGAAGCGGCAGACGGCGAGAGUCUCGAGCAAGACCUUUGCACAUUUCUCAUCUCACGCGCUUGCAAGAACUCGACACUGGCCAACUACUUGUACUGGUACGUCAUCGUGGAGUGCGAGGACCAGGACACACAGCAGAGGGACCCCAAGACCCACGCGAUGUACCUGAACGUCAUGAGGAGGUUCAGCCAGGCUCUGCUUAAGGGCGAUAAGAGUGUGAGGGUGAUGCGCUCGCUCCUCGCCACCCAGCAGACGUUCGUGGACCGCCUCGUGCAGUUGAUGAAGGCUGUGCAGAGGGAGAGCGGCAAUCGCAAGAAGAAGACCGAGCGGCUGCAGGCGCUCCUGGCCGACAACGAGAAGGUGUACCUCUCGGAGAUCGAGCCCAUCCCGCUGCCGCUGGAGCCUCAGAUCCGGAUCCGAGGCAUCGUCCCCGAGACGGCGACGCUCUUCAAGAGCGCGCUGAUGCCCGCCAAGCUGAUCUUCAAAACGGAGGACGGCGCCACCUAUCCGGUCAUCUUCAAACACGGCGACGACCUGAGACAGGAUCAGCUCAUCCUCCAGAUCAUCUCGCUCAUGGACAAAUUGUUAAGGAAAGAGAACCUGGACCUGAAGCUGACACCUUACAAAGUGUUAGCCACCAGCACCAAGCAUGGUUUCAUGCAGUUUGUCCAGUCGGUUCCUGUUGCCGAAGUUCUGGCGACCGAAGGCAACAUUCAGAGCUUCUUCAGGAAGCACGCGCCGAGCGAAAAGGGGCCGUACGGCAUCAGCUCCGAAGUGAUGGACACCUACGUGAAGAGCUGCGCCGGUUACUGCGUCAUCACGUACAUCCUGGGUGUAGGAGACCGACAUCUGGACAAUCUGCUCCUGACCAAGACGGGGAAACUCUUCCAUAUCGACUUCGGCUACAUCCUGGGCCGCGAUCCCAAGCCGCUUCCGCCGCCUAUGAAGCUGAGCAAGGAGAUGGUGGAGGGCAUGGGAGGCAUGCAGAGCGAGCAGUACCAGGAAUUCCGAAAGCAGUGCUACACAGCCUUCCUGCACCUGCGCAGGUACUCCAACCUGAUCCUCAAUCUCUUCUCCCUCAUGGUGGACGCCAAUAUUCCCGACAUCGCCUUGGAGCCGGACAAGACGGUCAAGAAGGUGCAAGACAAGUUCCGGCUGGACCUGUCGGACGAGGAGGCCGUCCAUUACAUGCAGAGUCUGAUCGACGAGAGCGUUGGUGCCCUGUUCGCCGCCGUGGUCGAACAGAUACACAAGUUUGCUCAAUACUGGCGUCGGUGAGCAGUGCGGCGAGGCCGAACUCGGCGGACCUGAAGAGAGAGAAACUGGAGGGGAGGGGGGGGGGGGGGGGGAAGGCCUCAAAUGAACUGAAAGAUGGCUGCUGAUGAGGACAUGCUCUGUCAUUUUUUUAAAUCCUUGUAAAUAUGUAGUGUUCAAAUUAAUUGAUUAAAUGUAUGAGGGUCAUUUUCAUAUAAUUUGAUCAGUAACGGUAAAGCCAUGGACCACUGAAUUUCCCUUUGAAAAUCAACUACCGUAAUUUCUCGUGUACAAUGCGCACCCAUGUAUAAUACCCACCCCCGAAGUUGACCUCAAAAUUCUGGAAAACCCUUCAACCUAUGUAUAAUGCAUUUUUACAUUGCAUGAUUUUGCUUCUACCCAUAUGAUCAAAACAUGAAGUAUUAUCUGUAUUUUGUUAGUUUUUUUUCCAAAUAAUUAUUCUGAAGUUAAGCACUUUAUUUGAACACGUAACACUUUCUUUUAGCUUACUUGCUCUUAUUUUAUUUAGUAAAUGAGAAAACACAGUUGUGCUCACAUGUUUGAUUACCCAGGCAGAAUCUGUAAGAUGGGGACAAUUCUUUAAAGGAAACAUGGAGGACCAGGCGAAACACAUUUUAUUUUAUUUUAAUGGGAUUCAAAUUAAACUGUCAAGCAUUUCAGAAAAGCUUUAUCAUUAAACAAAACAUAACCAUAAAGAAAUUAAUGAUGGUUGUUGUUCAGUUAUCAGUCGUAUUUAAAAAAAAUAAUAAAUAAAAUAAAUAAAAAAAUAAAAUAUUUCACAAAUUCUGUCAGGGUAUGUAAACUUAUGAGCACAACUGUACAUAUAUGCAGUCAUACGUUUCCCUGUCAUAUUGGAAUGAAAGUGUAGGCUACACCUUUUUCAUAACCUCUAGGUGGCGGCAUACAUUUAUAAAAUGUGAAAGUUUUUUUCCCAUAUUUUCCCCUAUACCAAUGUAUAACGCGCACUAUUGACUUUUGGCAAUUUUUUUUGGGGGGGGGGGAUACGCAUUAUACAUGAAAAAUUAUGUUAUCCAUCAAAAUGUCAUAAUUGUUUCGAAGAAAAGAAUAUUCUAAAGUACUGUUUUUCAAGCUUUGAAAGCUAAAAUGUCUUUACCGUUAACUGUUCAAAAUGAACGAGUUUUUUGAAACUGCUAAUGAUGUUUUUUGGAUAUACAGUAUCGCAUUUUUCUCCUAAUGCUUCAUAUUCUUUUCCAUGAAAAUGAACACAAAUGCAUCUACGUGUCUUCAGAGUUUCUUUUUCUGCUUGUUUUACAAACGGUCCUUUGUCAUUCAAUCUGUCUUUACCGUUACUGCCACUUAUUAUUUUGUUGCAAUACACCGGAGGGAUCUGUGAUCUGAAGUGCAUUUUGCAUUCACACAAUAGCACACAGCAAAAUAAAUAGUGUUAUUUCUGAUAUAUGAAUAAAUAUGUAUGAAUUUGUAAAAGUGCCGGAACUACUGCACGUCUUUACCGUUAUUACGAUUGUAUAAAAACAAAGAGUGUACUGGCCUCAAUGUGUAGUUAGGACAAUUUAUGCACGUGUAUCUGCAGAGUUUGAAGGGCAACGCAUGUAAAUUGUGCCACUCACAUGAUUUUUAUGAAGCUGUUUGUCUUUACCGUUAUGCAAAAAUGGUAUCUCACUGGGCCACCACCAUUUGCACUGUCAAUAAUGGUUAGCUUUUUGAAAAUAGGACUGCUUCAUCAUGGGAGACGUUUACCCAUAGAAAACCAAGGCGGCGUCAACAAAUUGCAAGUCUUUACCGAUAUUGAUCAAAUGACAUGAAUAUGACCCAUAACUUGAUCACAUCA